AUGGAUGAACUGAAGAAGAAGAGAAACAUCAGAGGAGGACAUAGAGCUUUUGCAACGCAGUUGAUCAGACAGAUUGAAGAUAGUCUUGAAGAUCAAUUGAAGUUGAAGCAGCUUGAGAUACAGCUAGAUGAGAAAUUUGAAGUCUUAGAAAAAUUGGAUGACGAAAUUUUGGGUCUUGUAAGCGAAAUUGAUGAAGAUGGUUUGGGAUGCUUACAAGAAAUUUCUGAGGCUGGAGAGAUGAAGGAAAAAAUAAAUCUAGCGCUGCUCAAGUUGAAGAGUUUAGUGAAGAAUGAGAAGCAGUUGGAAUCGCAGAAGCCUUAUUUAACAAGACAUGGCUCAGAAGAAUCAGUUUAUUCUAUAGAAAGUUCAGCGUCGUCAGCAACUCGUAAAGUUCGUGCGAAGCUACCGAAGUUGGAAUUGAAAAAAUUUAGUGGCCGCCCCCAAGAUUGGCAGGAGUUCUGGGAUAGUUAUAAAAGUGCGGUUUACGAAAACGAAGAGAUUUCAAAGAUUGACAAGUUUUCGUAUUUGAAGCACUAUUUGGAAGAACCUGCCAAAAAAGUAAUUGCUGGACUUGCUUUGACUGAAAAAAAUUAUGUUAUAGCUGUCGAUUUGCUUGAACAGAGAUUCGCGCGACCAACGAUGAUAAAAAGGGCACAUAUCAACGAGCUUCUGAAUUUAGAUGCGGUUUUUAAUGAAAAACAUGUUAAGAAGAUGCGAGAACUUUAUGAUACUAUUGAGACACACCAUCGUGGAUUGAAAGCCUUAGGGGUCGACGAAAUAUCAUACUCGAACAUAGUUGUACCUGUUUUAAUGGACAAGGUUCCAGAGGCUGUUCGCCUGAACAUGAUUCGAGGAAGUAAGAAUCACCAAGAAUGGGAUAUGGAAGAAAUGCUUGUGGCUUUUCGAGAAGAAUUGGAGAUUCGUGAACAGCAUGUUUCGAUUUCAAUGGCUUUGGGAAAUGGGACCGUUUCUGGUAGGACGUCAUCAGAACGGCGAAGUGAGAUGAAACCGAGGUUUCCUGGUCGAACAACAACAGCGAGUGCGUUGUUUACGAAACAAGAUGGUGGAUUUGCGAGAAGAAAGUUCUGUGUAUUUUGUAAAGAAGAUCAUGAAGAAGCCGAUUGUCACAACGUCAGGAACAAGGAAGAAAGGAAGGAUCUUGUUUUUAAAUAUGGACGUUGUCUUUUGUGUUUAAAAAAGGGACACAGAGCUUAUCAGUGUCAUUCGAAGGAAAAAUGUAAGUUGUGUAACAAACGACAUCAUGUUGCAAUUUGUAAUGUUGUUGGUAGUCAGCCUAGUGCUAACCAAGCUCGUGUCAAGACUGCUGAUACUACUGUUACCACUUCUUGUGUAAGUAAUAUAGACUCUGGGGGGAGAGCAGUCUUGCAAACCGCCAAGGCCAUAGUUACAGGUAGCAUAAGGAAUGUUAAGGCACGUGUUCUUUUUGACUCAGGUAGUCAGAGGAGUUUUGUAACACGAAGUAUGGUAGAAAAACUUGGUUUGAACCCCAUUAAGCAAGUGCGCUUAGGUAUAAAGACAUUUGGAUCUCAAAAUAUGGACGAGAAGAUAAGAGAUGUGGUCGAGUUAGAGUUGAAAGGAGUUGAAAGUGGAGGGAAAGUGAAAAUACAGGCCUUUGUUGUUAAUGAAGUUUCAGAAAUACGCAAUGAACAUGUUGAAAUAUUGAAGUAUGAUUAUAAGCAUCUUACUAACUUGUGGUUUUCAGAUGUUUGUAGGCACGAAGAUUCCCUUAUUAUAGACAUUUUAGUUGGAAGCGAUUGGCUUUGGACGCUUCAAGAUGGUCGUAUAAUACGAGGGGAGCCAGGAGAGCCUGUUGCCAUUCAUACUAAGAUUGGAUGGGUUGUGUCAGGGCCAAUAAAGGGUAAGUUAACUGAUUUGGCAGAAUCUUGUUCUUCAAAUUUGGUUGUAAAUGGUAAUGGUAUAACAGUUAAUUUGAUGCACCAGAAUAAGGAACAGGAAUUAGAACAAGACAUUAAAAAACUGUGGGAUCUUGAGACUUUAGGAAUUAAAAGGCAAGAUAAGGUGCAUGAAGAAUUUUUGGAUAAUAUAGAGUUUAAAGGAGAUAGAUACUCAGUUCGUUUGCCUUGGAAAAUGGGGCACAAGCCCCUUUCUACUAAUUAUACUCUUAGUCUCAACAGAUUGAAGGGGCAGUUGAAAAAGCUCAAGGAGAAGCCUGCAAUAAUGGAAACUUAUGAUGGGAUUAUAAAGCAACAAGAAAGGGAUAGAAUCAUUGAAGAGGUUACAAGUCUUGAGCCAAGUGAGAAGCUUAGUUAUCUGCCACACCAUGCCGUUGUACGAAAUGAUGCAGAAACAACAAAGGUAAGAAUAGUAUAUGAUGCCUCUGCAAAAGAUAGGAAGUCAGGUACCUCUCUAAAUGAGUGUUUACAUGUUGGACCACCAUUAAAUCCACUUUUGUUUGAUAUCAUGAUAAGAUUCAGAGAAAAUAAGAUUGCAAUAACAUCUGAUAUCGAAAAGGCAUUUUUGAAUAUUAAAGUGGAUAAAAAGGAUAGAGAUUGCUUGAGGUUCUUAUGGAUUGAUAGUUCUUGUGAUAGUGAACCAAGCAUUAAAGUUUACCGCUUUAAUCGUGUUGUUUUCGGAGUAAAUAGUUCUCCUUUUUUGUUGAAUGCUGUUGUAAGACAUCAUUUAAGCACUUAUGAAACAGCUGAUCCAGAGUUCUCAGCAAAAUUGUCUAGAAGUUUCUAUGUAGAUGACCUAGUGUUAGGAUGUUAUGAUGUAGAAAGUGGUAAAGAACUCUACAAUAAGGCAAAGAAAAGAAUGUUAGAGGCAGGAUUUAACUUAAGGAAAUGGAAGAGUAAUGAUCCACAACUUGCUCAAUAUUUUAAGGUUAUGGAAGAAACUGGGAAACAUCCUGCAGAUGGAGGGGGUGAAUGUAGCUAUGUAAAGGAAAUGCUAGGGGAAGAAAUUUCAGACACUAAGAGUAAAGUUUUGGGAAUAACAUGGGAUAUGUUGAAGAAUAAUUUGGAAUUUGAGUUGACAAAAAUAGAGAGCAGUGUUCCAAAUUCACCUGUUACUAAGAGAACCAUCUUAAGCAUGAUUUCCAAACUUUUUGACCCUUUAGGACUUGUGAGUCCAAUUAUUGUAAGUGCAAAGGUUUUGUUUCAGGAAUUAUGCACCUUGAAGUUAGGAUGGGAUGAUGAAGUACCAGUAGAAAUGCUCAAUAAAUGGAAUAAAUUUGUAUGUGAUUUAAGUUCAGUGGGUGUUAUUUCCUUACCAAGAUGUUUAUAUGAAAAAAGUACAGAUAAGGUAAAUAAGUAUUAUUUACAUGGGUUUGCAGAUGCCAGUAAGAAGGCUUACUGUGCAAUGGUUUAUUUAGUAUACGAGACUGAUACUGGAAUGCAUUCAAGAUUGAUUUGUGCUAAGACAAGGGUUGCUCCGCUUAAGGAAUUAAGCAUUCCAAGGUUAGAACUUAUGUCAGGUCGUAUUUUAUCUACACUUGUGGAGACUGUGUAUAAUGCGUUAAGCCCACAAAUUAAAAUAGACGGUUGUAGGUACUGGUUAGACAGUAAGACAGCAUUAUACUGGAUAAAUAAUCAAGGUGAAUGGAGGCAAUUUGUACAACAUAGGGUCAAUGAGAUUCUGAAAAUUUCUAAAAAGGAAGACUGGGGACAUUGUAUUGGAGUUUGUAAUCCAGCAGAUUUGGGUUCUAGGGGAGUCUCUGCAACAAUUUUAAGAGAUAGCAGACUUUGGUGGGAAGGUCCUCAUUGGUUGUCCAUGGGGAAGGAAUAUUGGCCUAAAAGUUUCACUCUUGAGGAUUCACCAGAGAUUAUGGAGGAAAAAAGGAAAACUGUAAAUGUUACAGCAGUAAUAGAACAAAACAGACUAAGUGUGACUGAAAUAAUAGAGGUGGAUAAAUUUAGCUCUUUGAAGAAAUUAUUGAGGGUUACAGCAAGAGUGAUCCGUUUCGUCACUAAUUUAAGGUCUGCAAGGGAAGGUAAGAUAUUGAAAUUAGGGGAAUUAGACUCGGAGGAAGUUUCAAGGGCAGAAAGGAUUUGGAUUAAGGGCUCACAAAUUGACCUUAAGAAACAACCAGGGUAUAAUGAGAUUGCAUUGAAAUUGGGACUCUUCGAAGAAGAUGGCAUUUUAAAGUGCAAGGGUCGCUUGGAAAACUCAGAUUUAGCACUAGAAACUAAGUUUCCGAUUAUUCUACCGAAUAAUAAUUGGUUUACGCGUUUGGUUAUUGAGGAUUGCCAUGAAAGG